AUGUCGUCGUCUAACUCGCCUUGCGCCGCGUGCAAGCUGCUGCGGCGCAAGUGCACGCAGGGAUGCGUCUUCGCGCCCUACUUCCCGCCCGACAACCCGGCCAAAUUCUCCAGCGUGCACCGCGUCUUCGGCGCCAGCAACGUCUCCAAGCUCCUCAACGAGCUGCCGCAGGCGCAGCGGGAGGACGCCGUCAACUCGCUGGCGUAUGAGGCCGAGGCGCGCCUCCGUGACCCCGUCUACGGCUGCGUCUCCUACAUCUCCGUCCUGCAGCUCAGGAUCAAGCAGGUCCGCGAGGAGCUCGCCGCCGCGCGCAAGGAGCUGGCGGGCUACAUUGGGCCAGCGGCGUUCGCGCCUUUCGUCGCCGCGCCGCAGUACCACCACCACCAGUACGCCGCGGGCGGCGUGCCUCUCGCGGCGGCCACCGGCAUGGGGCUCGCCGUCGGUGUCGGUGUCGGCGUCGGACCGCAGCACGGUCACCACCAUCCGCACCAGCAGCAGAUCAUGGUGCAUCAGCACCAGCACCUCCACCACCACCAGCAGAUGGCCGCUGCGGAGGCGCAGCAGCAGCUCGCUGCGGCCGUGGAGGUCGCGCGUGAGCAGCAGGAUCUCAUGAUGCGGCAAGCCGCGGUCUACGCGCAUGCCGUGCCCGGGAGCAGCGGCGUCGGCGGCGGCGCCACGGUGGCCGUUGUGCCGCCCGACGCCUUGCCGUACGAGGGCGGCUUCCUCUUCCAGCAGCAGCAGCAGCCGCCGUCGCAGGCGCAGACGGCCGUGGCGCUCACGUACCAGAUGGAGCAGUCCCCGCCGCCGUCGUCCUCGGGCCAGUCUCACCCCGAGGUGUCGCAGCAGCAGAACACGGAUGGCAGCGACGAGGGCAGCGGCGGUGUCGUGCCGCCGGCCUGA